CUUGAUCUUUAAAGAAUUAAUACAGAGUAAAUAUGGGUGUUAAAGGUCUUAAUCAAUUGAUAAAGGAACAUGCACCAUCAGCAUUUAAAGAGUAUCAACUUAAAAACCUUUUCGGUAGAAAAGUUGCCAUUGACGCGUCAAUGUGUUUGUAUCAAUUCUUGAUUGCUGUAAGACAAUCUGAUGGUCAACAAUUGACUAAUGAAGAUGGGGAAACCACGUCACAUUUACUGGGGAUGUUUUAUAGAACAAUUAGAAUGGUUGAAAAUGGUAUUAAACCAGUAUAUGUAUUUGAUGGUAAGCCACCAGUAUUGAAAGGAGGGGAAUUAGAAAAAAGAUUGAAAAGAAGAGAAGAAGCACAAAAGGAACAAGAAAAAAUUAAAGAAACAGGAUCAGUGGAAGAGAUUAUGAAAUAUGAAAAGAGACAAGUUAGAGUAUCGCGAGAACAAAAUGAUGAAGCAAAAAAAUUACUUGACUUAAUGGGUAUACCAUAUGUUAAUGCACCAUGUGAAGCUGAGGCGCAAUGUGCAGUGCUUGCCAGAGAUGGUAAAGUGUUUGCAGCAGCAUCAGAAGAUAUGGAUACCUUAUGUUAUCAACCACCAUUUCUUCUUAGACAUUUAACCUUUUCCGAAGCCAGAAAAAUGCCAAUUGAUCAAAUUGAUUAUAAAUUAGCUAUGGAAGGAUUAGGUAUGGAUCAAGAUACCUUUGUUGACUUGUGUAUUUUGUUAGGAUGUGAUUAUUGUGAGACCAUUCGUGGUGUUGGACCAGUUACAGCAUUCAAACUUAUCAAGGAACAUGGAUCAUUGGAGAAACUUGUUGAAUAUCUUGAACAAAAUCCUGAUAAGACCAAAUUUAAAGUUCCUGAAAAUUGGCCAUAUAAGGAAGCUAGAGAAUUAUUUUUACAUCCAGAAGUGGAAGCUGCAUCUGAAGUAAAUUUAAAAUGGUCUGAACCAGAUGUAGAUGGACUUAUUGAAUAUAUGGUGAAACAAAAGGGAUUCAGUGAAGAAAGAAUGAGAAGUGGGGCUGAAAAAUUGAAAAAGGGACUUAAAGGUGGAGUUCAAGGACGUUUGGAUGGAUUUUUCCAAGUUGUUUCCACCGUAAAGAAGGAUACAAAGGGUGGAGCAAAGAAGCGUGGAGCAACUACAGAUGCAAAGGGUAAGGCUAAAAAGAGAAAGUAGAAUAGUAACAAUCUCAAAAUAAAAGUAAUGGAGUAGAAUAUAUAAGAAUAUAUCUAUAUGG